AUGCCUCAUUUUUGUUGCCAUUUGAAGCGGUAUCGUCAAGAGGAGCGUGCCCGAGGCAUGAGUAAGACUGGAGAAGCGGGAUAUCCCGAGGAUGCCAAUAAUAUUGAUGACAAUGCAGAUUUGGAAGAUGAAAUGGACAUUGAAAUCUUGCUCAACGAAGCUCUUCCGCCGGAAGAGGAGGAUGCUGAAGACGACGACCAAGAGUUGGAGGAGGAGGCAAUCGAGAGAAUCACAGAAACGAUGCGGGAAGACUUUGAGUCCGAGGAAAGCGCGCAAGAUGAACUGAUUGAAGCGCUGAAUGAACUACGAAUUCCGGUAAAACGGGUAGACGCAGGCGCCUCCAUCAUUGUCGUUCGACACAGAUUGAUCAAGGUUAGCUUCUCGCCAUUGGUUGUGCCAGACUAA